AAAACUGGCUUAGUCUAUACAAUGAAAUAUUAGUGCGUGAUAAAAAUGUUGGAGAAGGAAAAUAUAUAUCUGGAGAAAAGCUAGUUCAAACCCUUUUUACUAAGAAGAAUUAUAUAGUUCAUUACCGAGCUCUCCAGAUAUAUAUGAAGUUCGGAAUGAAGGUUACAAAGAUUCAUAACGCUCUCAAGUUUAGGCAGUCUCCGUGGAUGAAGGAAUAUAUUGAGAAAAAUAUUCGUAAAUGCAAAAUAGCCAAGGCAAAUGGGGAUGAGUUUGGGGUUGU